UAGUUUAACUUAAUUAAUAUUAGUCUAUAUAUGACUAAUCUUAUUAAUACCUUUUAAAUGCCCGAGAGAAUAAUAAAACCACAUUUUAAAAAUCAAAUGUGAAGACAGUUUUGAUGUUUGACAACAUAUACGAUAAAUGUGACUUAUCAUGUGUUUUACAUGUGGCCUUCAAUUUGUUUCAAUGUUCGAAUAGAAAUUACAUAGAGAUUUUCGAGAUCCACGGAGACAUUCCGUUGAAAUUAGCCAUGUUUAGUAGUCAGACGAUUCUCUACUCUUCGUCCCACUUUCUUCGCCCUAGUCUUUUCGAAUCUGGGUUCCCCCCAGGUGCGAUUCAGAUAUAUCGUUGUUCAUCGGUCAGUUAGUGAGUACUUUAUACAGUUCGUGUUGAUAAAAGAAUGAGAAUGGAGGGGCCUCAGCAGGUAUAUACCUGCGAAUUCUCUAGAUCGAUAAGUCGAGGUGGGGAGGGCGCGAUACUCACCACACGCCGUCCCACCAGCUCAGCUUGGGGCCGUUCAGCAGAUUUUCAGAAACUUAUCGAGUUCCACACGAAUCCCGAUUCCACCGGCGACAACACUCAACUUCCAGAUUCUACCUGCGUGCAUUAUAGAUAUGUUAUAGUUCAGCAUAGUUCAGAGCGACGGCGCAUUGAAUCUUUAUAUAUAUAUAUCUGGAUCUUAUGUCUUCAUAGUUGUGUGUGGAAAAUUCAAACUUAUAGUGUGCUUCUCGUUAAGUGUAACCAUCAUGCAAUUGAUACUUCAAGAAUGAAAAGGAUGGAAAAGACCGGUCAGGUAUGGUCACUUUAGGGUUGACAACUUUUAGAUUUUAGAAAGCAGGCAAAAUACGUAUUGUAGCAUUGUAAUAGAAAGUAUAUAAUUAAAGGAAUAUAUAAUAUGUCACCGUAAUAUGUAAGCAAAUGUGUGUACGAAAAAUCUUGCCGAAUUUUAAGUUAUGCAAUUAGGAGGUAUAUAUGCUUUGAAACUAGUUUAAUAUUCGCUUUUACUCUUUCCCAUGCUAAACUUUGUCUAGAAGUUAUGUAAUUCUUGAUAUUGAGUUUUCAUAGUAGACUGCCAUGUAAUAUUUAAUAGGUUUGCCCCCUUUCUUUGAUGAGUUCAGUGUCUUUAGUUAGUUUACUUGAAUGUUUCUUUUCCUUAUACUUUUUUCCUUUAAAUACCGCGCUUUGACAAUGAAACGUUUCCGCGAAACGAUAAAGCAAAUGAUCAUAGGUAUUUCCAUAUCUGUAUCUAAUAAUGGGGUGAAGAAACAUUAAUGCUAGUCCUCUAAUAAUAAUUGGUACUGUUUUGCAGCAGCCGUGAUUAGAAAGGGAAAUCCUCGAAGGUGACCACGAUUAAAAUAAUCGUUUGAAUAAAUUAAAACUAACAACAAAAACAGAAACAUUUCUUAUUCAGAAUUCAAGGCGACGAGGAUCGAUUCCAUUUAUAAGCGAGGUACACUUCGAUCGAAUUGACGAUGCAAUGCGUAUUUCCCCUGCACCGAUUUUGCAAUUUUUCUGUCCUCCGUUUGUCACAUGGAUAAUAAUAGUUUCCGGCAUGAAAAUCCCGAGGAUAUGAUUAAAAAGAUCAUGCGGAAAGAUUAAUAUUCUUAGUGCAGCACGGAUUAAAGGAUAGACAUGAUCUCCACGAGUUGGAUAUUCUUCUUGGUUGUGACCAUCAGCUCUAACAGUGUUCAGCAGCCGAUAUUCUUCAAAAAUCCUUUCAAAGGACUGAAUGGUAUUGUUCCGAGGACUAACGCGUACAUCAGAAACGAGAUUAGAGCCGUUUAUUACUAUGAUCAAACUGUGGCGGUGGUCGAUCUCGGAACAAACAACGAACUACAUAAUUGCAAUCUGAUCGAAGUAUACGAGCAAGAAGAGGCUAAUGAAGUUUUAAGAAAUCUGUCGUCAACUGCAGUCCCACAGCUGGUAUCCUUCGAACAAAUGACGAAGCUCAUGCAACAGUGCGAGUUAUUGGACAAAAUCCAGCACGAUACGUUAUCCACUGAGAUGUCCCACACUGAGAACAAAGGUAGUCAUGGUGUGGGUAGCGUGUUGUCUCUUCUCUCAGGCAUCUUGCCAGGUACAAAAUGGUGCGGCACCGGAGACAUCGCUGAGAACUACCACGAUUUAGGUCAUGAAGCUCAAAUUGAUAGAUGUUGUCGCAGUCAUGAUCUUUGCCCUGUAAAAAUCCGAGCUCAACAAACGCGAUACAAUCUCACCAAUUAUUCUAUAUAUACCAAAUCGCACUGUGUGUGUGAUGAGGCGCUGUAUCAUUGUUUGAAAGCUACAACGAAUCCGACAGCGCAAGUAAUGGGUCGUAUAUACUUUAAUGUAAUAAAAGUACCUUGCAUCGAGGAUGUAUCGGAGGAUACUUUGGAGAAACAUACAUCGAUAAGAAUAGGACGACGAUUUAUUCCUGUUCAAAUGAGUUAUUAAAACGAAUGCAGCAUUGCAAAGUGUUACCAACAAUUUUCAUAUUUUUAUACCAUCGUUAAUAUAAAGUGUGCAAUUGGGAAGGAAGAUUUACUGUUGUAUAAAUAUUAUACAUAUGUAAAUAUAAUAAUUAUAAAGCUUACGCGAUUCCGG